AUGGAGAAAGCAAAGUCUGCCGUUUCUAGCUUCCUUUCCAAUGAUGGAAAACACAAAACUAGUGUUGAUGAGGACGUCAGAGGACAUGUCGUGCAAGAAAGAGUCCUCCCACACCAGCACGAACAGGUCACCACUGCUCUCGAUAAGGAGGUCCAUCAGCAUCACCACCACACAACGGUUCAGCCUAUCUCUCAUAAGGAGACUCUGCCUGAACAACAUAGCCAUAAUCUUGCUCCAGUCCAACACAAGGAAUUCCGUCAUGGAAACGAGCAAGAAACUCGAGCUACUCUUGACCGAGAAGCUGCUAAGUUCCAGGAUACUACCGAGACACACAGUACCACACACUCUACUGAAACUGCCCCAACAAUGACUGGCGAGCGAAUCCACCAUCACGUUCACGAGCACGUGCAGCCUGUAAUUCAGAAAGAAACUGUGCAACCUCAUGUUGUCCACACAACUAUCCCCAUCCAUGAGACUCACUUCGCCGCCGACGUCCACCACGGAACCUCCACGCUCCCCACCAAGACUCUUGAGGAAUUCACCUCUGAGCGCGGUGGUCUUGCCGAGCGAGCUGCUCAGAAACUUACUGAGUUCGAGGGGUGCCCUAAGCCUUACCGACGAGAGCUCCAGAAUGAGCAGCUUGAAGGCGACAAGAGCAUGCACCUCCAUGGCCAUGGCGACAAGUAUGGUGAGAACCAGGCCCACUCUGGUCGCGAGGGCCACGGUAUUGGCCACACUGCCGAGGGCCUUGCUGCUGGCGGUAUGGCUGGAGCUGGCGCCACUGCCGCUUCCCGCAAGCACCGUCAUGGCCUCGGCCACAAGGAUCGCCGUGGAUCCGGCUCUAGCAGCAGCUCUAUGAGCUCUAGCGACGAAGAGUCCCGUGGCUUGGGCAAGUCUUCCAAGCACAAGAAUCGAGGCCUUGGUAGCUCUACUGGCACCGGAGUUGGAGCUGGUGCUGCUGCUGCCGCUGCAGGCGCCGCUCACAACCAGCACCAGGGCCGUGAGGGAGGUAUUCCCGGCACCUCUGGAGUUGGGUCAGGCAUGGGAUCUACUGGCAUGACGGGUAACACUAGUACUUUGGGUGCCAACAGUGGCAGCAUUGGAAACCCCAACACCGCCGGCCUCAACAAGCCUCACACCGGCGAGUACGACUCCAUGAAGACUGGAGGUCUUCACAACGAUCCUCUCAAGAGUAACUCACCUCACGCUCGUGGCGACUCUGGUGUUGGAAUGGAGCAGAAGAAGCCUUCUCUCCUCGACCGCCUCAACCCGAUGAAGGAUGCUGAUGGUGACGGCAAGAAGGGACUUUUGGACUAA